CUCUCUCUCUCUCUCUCUCACACUAUAUAUAUAUAUAUAUAUACAGUCUCAACCUUCCUUUCUCAUCAACUUCUCCUCAUAUUAGUUCAAAAAAAAAACUUCUCAUAUUUAAUCACUACACAUUCCCCUCAUUGCUUCUCUCUCUCUAGGGAGUGAGUGAGACCAGUAAACAAUGAUGAGCGACGCACCAAACUCAGAGACCGAGUCCACUAGCAACUCAUUCUCACCUCCUCCAUCAUCACCAUCAUCCUCCACCUGCCUAAACCCGACAACACCGGACCCAAACCCGAAGAACCGGCCCAAGAGGAACAGGGACAGCAACAACAACAACAAACACCCGGUUUACAGAGGGGUCCGAAUGAGAGCUUGGGGCAAAUGGGUAUCCGAAAUCCGAGAACCCAGAAAGAAGUCCCGGAUCUGGCUCGGAACCUUCUCGAACCCGGAAAUGGCGGCCCGAGCACACGACGUCGCCGCCCUUUCCGUCAAGGGAAAGUCGGCCAUCCUCAACUUCCCCGAACUCGCCCCUUUCCUGCCCCGACCCGACACGUGCUCCCCACGUGACGUCCAAGCCGCCGCCGCCAAAGCCGCGUCGAUGGACCACCUUGGCGUUCCGACGACGACGUCGUCUUCGUCUUCAUCGGAGGAAACGGAGGAGCUGACUGAGAUAGUGGAGUUGCCGAGUUUGGGAACGAGUUACGAGUCGGCGGCUGAGUCGAGGGGUGAGUUGGUGUACGUGGACUCGGUGGUGGAUGUGGAGGAAUGGUGGUGGUUGGACGAAGAUCAUGGGUGUUUCGCCGCCGAGAGUAGUGUUAUUUCCGGUGGUUUCGAGACCUUUUUGUGGCAACAUUAAUUAAUUAAUAUAUAACAUAUUUUGUUGUCCAGAAAUGGUGUGCAAAUUUUUAUUUAUUUAUUUAUUUUUGUUAAUCACUUUCAUCACAA